AUGUCUUCUGAUAGUAUUGCUACUGGUUUGGGUGCUGGUACUGGCGCUUCUGCUAGUACUGCUGCUGCCGCCACAGCUGCUGCUGCUGCUGCUGCUGCUGCUGCUGCUGCUGCAGAGACCAACAAUAAUAAUAAGAAACAGAAAAUGUCUCCUCCCUUUGAUGCUCUUCUGUAUGCUGACGAUUUGAUUUGGAAUGGCCAGAUUUUAUCGUUUGUUGGUGUUGGACAGUACGCUUUUCUAGGAGCUGUCAACAAAAAGAUGAAUGAACUGUACAAAGAAUACUGUGAAAUGGAACUACAGAAAAAUCCACAAAUGGUAAAAGGAAGCCGAACCUCUCGUCGCAGUCGCUCUGCAAAAAGCACUGAUACUCUUUACAGUCAAACAUUCUGCAACCAGACUCGUGCAGAAUACUGGCUCAGGGACAAUUCCAGCCACAAAAACCUUGGUCGCCAUCUUGUUUGCUAUGCAAUUGCCACAGUUGGAAAUAUUGCUGUCAUGAAGUGGGCGCGACAAAACAGAUUCCCAUGGGAUGAGUCGACGUUGGCUCGUGAAAAUCGUUGUCCAUGGGAUGAAUAUACAUGUCAUUAUGCUGCUAAAAAUGGACAUUUGGAGGUUUUGAUGUGGGCUCGUGAAAAUGGCUGUCCAUGGGAUGAAUAUACAUGUGCCUAUGCUGCUAAAAAUGGACAUUUGAGUUUAAAGUGGGCUCGUGAAAAUGGCUGUCCGUGGGAUGAACUGACAUGUACCUAUGCUGCUCAAAAUGGACAUUUGGAAAUUCUGAAGUGGGCUCGUGCAAAUGGUUGUCCAUGGAAUGAAGGGACAUGCUCACAAGCUGCUGAAGGUGGACAUUUGGAGGUUUUGAUGUGGGCUCGUGAAAAUGGUUGUCAAUGGGAUAUGGUGACAUGUGCCUAUGCUGCUAAAAAUGGGCAUUUGGAUGUGCUGAAGUGGGCUCGUGAAAAUGAAUGUCCAUGGAAUGCAUGGACAUGUACCGAUUGCUGCUGA